AUCUAGGUUUGGAACUACUUAUAAAAAAAACUCGUAUAUUUUAAGAUACCUUUUUAUACACAGGCGCAAGUUAGAACAGGCCUCUGAGGGUUUUCUCAUCGUAUCGCAAAUCUCUCGUCUUCCUCGCGUCUCUGAACCGAACACGAUGCAGACCGUUUCUCGGAGAUUAGCUCGUGAAAAUUUGAGCUCUCGCACAUCGAUUUACUCUCUCAAAUCGCUUUAUCCUGUUUCCGAUCGCUGUUACGGUGAGUAUGAUCGGCGUUAUGCCUCUACGCUUACCACCAAAGGUAUUGGACAUCUGGUCCGCAAGGGUACUGGUGGAAGAUCGUCUGUUAGUGGGAUAGUUGCUACAGUAUUCGGAGCUACUGGUUUCCUUGGGCGUUACUUGGUGCAACAGCUUGCUAAAACGGGUUCACAAGUGCUAGUACCAUUUAGAGGUUCCGAAGAUUCGCCCCGUCAUCUCAAACUGAUGGGCGAUUUGGGGCAGAUUGUUCCCAUGAAAUAUAAUCCUAGAGAUGAAAACUCAAUUAAGGCAGUCAUGGCCAAGGCAAAUGUUGUGAUUAAUCUCAUAGGAAGGGAAUAUGAAACCAGAAAUUAUAGUUUUGAGGAAGUGAACCAUCAUAUGGCUGAACAACUUGCAAAGAUUUCCAAAGAACAUGGUGGAAUCAUGAGAUUUAUACAACUGUCGUGUUUAGGUGCAUCUAAAUCAUCUCCAUCUAGGAUGCUUCAAGCCAAGGCUGCUGCAGAAGAAUCCAUCUUACGUGAAUUGCCUGAGGCCACAAUACUGCGACCUGCAGUGAUGGUUGGUACAGAAGAUCGGAUCUUGAACCCAUGGGCUCAGUUCGCUAAAAAAUAUAACUUUCUUCCAAUGAUCGGGGGUGGUUCUACUAAGAUUCAGCCUGUGUAUGUUGCUGAUGUCGCCUCUGCAGUUGUUGCGGCAUUAAGUGAUGACGGUAGUAGCAUGGGAAAAGUGUAUGAACUUGGUGGGCCUGAUGUUUAUACACUGCAUCAAUUGGCUGAACUUAUGUAUGAAACGAUUCGAGAAUGGCCUCAUUAUGUUAACGUUCCUUUCCCUAUUGCUAAGGCGAUCUCAACACCUCGAGAAGUAUUUCUUAAUAAAGUUCCCUUCCCGUUACCCUCACCAAUCAUCUUCAAUUUGGAUGUGAUUAAUGCUCUUUCUUCAGAUACUCUCGUCUCAAAAGAUGCUCUGACAUUCAAUGAUCUUGAGCUUGUGCCACAUAAGGUGAAGGGAUAUCCUAUUGAGUACCUUAUCCAGUAUCGCAAGGGUGGACCCAAUUACGGCUCUACAGUCAGUGAAAGAGUGACUCCAGAGUCUUAUCCUUGAGUUUUUAUAAUUGAAUGUUCAAAUAUGUAAACUUGGUUGCAUGAUCCAACUGGUACCUCUGAGUGUUUCAGGUCAAUCAACCUUGCGAAUAUAUAUGAAAUAACUGGGAUGGAGGAAGUCUUUUUGUUAGAAUUAAACAUUUGGAAUUUUAAAAAAAGUUGAUGUUUCCAGGUGCAUUUGUUUUCCCCAAGACAAAACUGAGGAAUAAAAAGAUUUCAAGUCUUUUAUCUUGGAUGGCCUUGUAUAAUACUUCUGUUAAAGUUUAGAAAGAAGCAUGUUCUUGGAGGACUAACUUUGCUUCAUGAGUAUUGUUUUUUGAAUUAUUUUUAAUUUGGAAAUGUUUAAAUAUAAUCCAGAUAAUAAAACUGAUCAAUUGUUUUUGUUA